UUCCCUCUACCCAGUGAGACUGCAUCAAAAUGUCCCUCUACCCUUCCUUGGAAGAUCUGAAGGUGGACAAAGUUAUUCAGGCUCAGACUGCCUUUUCUUCAAACCCAGCUAAUCCAGCGAUAUUGUCUGAAGCUGCUUCUCCUGUUCCUCACGAUGGAGGCUUAUACCCCAGACUGUAUCCAGAACUUUCUCAGUACAUGGGCCUGAGCCUCAAUGAGGAAGAGGUGCAGAGGAACUUGGCAGUGGCAGCAGCUCCGCAGCCGCAGGGUCAACUGGUAACACGACCUUCUACUAAUUACAUGGUAGCUCCAGUGACUGGAAAUGAUAUUGGAAUUCGCAGAGCAGAAAUUAAGCAAGGCAUCCGUGAAGCAAUUUUAUGUAAAGAUCAAGAUGGCAAAAUUGGACUUCGCCUUAAGUCUGUUGACAAUGGCAUAUUUGUCCAGUUAGUUCAGGCAAACUCUCCAGCAUCCCUCGCUGGGCUGCGGUUCGGGGACCAAGUUCUGCAGAUCAAUGGUGAAAACUGUGCGGGAUGGAGUUCUGAUAAAGCACAUAAAGUUUUGAAACAGGCUUCUGGAGAAAGGAUUUCCAUGAUCAUUCGGGACAGGCCUUUUGAACGAAUUAUUACUAUGCACAAGGACAGCACAGGGCAUGUUGGUUUCAUAUUCAAGAACGGAAAAAUAACCUCGAUAGUGAAAGACAGUUCUGCUGCGAGAAAUGGACUUCUUACAGAGCACAACAUCUGUGAAAUUAAUGGCCAGAAUGUAAUUGGAUUGAAGGACCCUCAGAUUGCAGACAUCUUGGCAACAGCUGGCAAUGUAGUGACCAUUACCGUCAUGCCUUCCAGUAUUUAUGAGUAUAUCAUAAAGAGGAUGGCGACUAGCAUUAUGAAGAGCCUGAUGGAUCACUCCGUUCCUGAAGUCUAAACUCCCAUCACGUGUGUGUGUGUACAUAUAUAUAAUGAUGAUUCCACUCAACUCGGGCUGUUCUACUCAGUGAUCUCUCUCUUCUGCACAUGAGCCUUUCUGGAGUCUAAGAGAAGACAUGCUGCAUCGAGCAUUUGCAUCUAUAAUGGCUGGGAAUGUUACAGUUCAACAUACCUUGUUUAUUCACAAACUGUAAAACUUGUAGCCUUAUGCUUGACCAAUGUGAAAUUCCAAUUGUGUUACGACUUCUUUUCAUAGGUCUCUUACUUAGUUUGUUACUACUCUAAGCCAUUGCGACUAAAGGAACCCGCUAGCACUUGCAGAGUAACAUGUUGUUACCCAGAACAAUGCUGUGCUUUGUAUGGUUAAGACCAAUGAGUAUUUUUACUGGUUUCUGUUUGCAAGAGUAGAUUUCAAAUAGCAGAGUAGAAGUAUGGCUUAUACUAGUUAAUUUUUUGUUCUAGUAGAUAC